CGUCUUCUCUUUUUUUUUCCUCAGCCAAUUUUACCAAGCAAAUCAAUCGAGUGAAAAAUGACUGGACGCGGAAAGGGAGGCAAAGGAUUGGGAAAGGGUGGCGCCAAGCGUCAUCGCAAGGUGCUCCGUGAUAACAUCCAGGGUAUCACCAAGCCCGCUAUUCGCCGUUUGGCCCGUCGCGGUGGUGUGAAGCGUAUCUCUGGCCUGAUUUACGAGGAAACUCGCGGUGUGCUCAAGGUCUUCCUUGAGAACGUGAUCCGUGACGCCGUCACCUACACCGAGCACGCCAAGCGCAAAACCGUGACCGCCAUGGACGUGGUCUAUGCCCUCAAGCGCCAGGGACGCACCCUCUACGGUUUUGGCGGUUAAGCGCCCGCCCAUGCCUCUACUUAAUCACUAACCAUGGGUUAACUUAACUACAUUCAAAUUACUUGAUCCAAUUGAAUCUUAAUCAGUAGUAUUCACCAUAAACUUAAUCAGACGCAUAUUCAAUAAUUCCACAAAUAUACGGACUAAAUAAAUCAAAAGAUAUCGCGUAGAGAGCACAAAA